GGAUGCUGGGACGCGUGGGGCUUGGGAGCCGUGGGAGACGUGUUCUUGGCGUCGCCAGCGCCCUGAGAAGACGCGAGGCGCGAAUCCCGCCGCGGGACAGGAAGCGCGGCCAGCGCGGAGGGGCGCAGUCGGCGUCGCCGCGGUCUGGGACGUCCCUCUCGGGUCCUGCGGGACCUCGCGCAGUGAGGCAGUUUGUCCGCGUUCGGCCACCGUCUCCUCGGCGUGCGCUGCGUCGGUCCGCCCGCUUCCGCCAUCCCCGCCCCCGCGUGGGCCACCGAGUCCCAGGGCCCCGAGCGUGUGCCUGGGCGCGCGGGCGGCGUUGCCGGCACGAUGGCCUCGCCCUUCAGCCCGGGGCUCCCUCCGCGGCCGGAGGAGGAUUGGGAUUCUGCUUUGUUUGCUGAACUUGGCUAUUUCACAGACACCGAGGACCUGCACUUGGGUGUAGCAAAUGAAGCUCCGGAAAACAGUUUUGAUAACCUUGAUUUUGAUUUGGAUUUGAUGGCGUGGGAGACAGGCAUUUGGGACAUCAACAACCAGUUCUGCACAGUUAAAGAUAUUAAGGCAGAACCUCAGCCGCUUUCUCCGGCCUCCUCCAGCGGCUCAGUGUCAUCUCCGCAGUCAGUGGACUCCUGGUCUUCAACUCAGCAUGUUCCCGAGGAGCUGGAUUUGUCUUCUGCCUCCCAGAUGUCUCCCCUCUCCCUCUAUGGAGAAAGUGCCAAUCGUCCUUGCUCAGCUGAGCCACCGAAAGAAGACAAGCCCCUCCCGGGUCCCAGGAGCAAACCCGAAAAUGGACUGACUCCAAAGAAAAAACUUCAGAUGAAUUCCAAACCUUCAAUUCAGCCCAAGCCCUUAUUGCUCCCAGCAACACCCAAGACUCAAACAAACGCCUGCGUUCCUGCGAAAGCCAUCGUUAUUCAGGCGCUGCCCACGCUGGUGCCAGUGGCCAAGCAGCCGGUUAUCAGGAUACACCCUGCACCCCCUGAAGGUCAGACCGUGGUGCUGUCUCAACCUGCCCUGGUACAGCUGCAGGCGUCCGGGGUCCUGCCCUCUCCCCAGCCCGUCCUGGCGGUCAGUGGGGGAGCCGCACCGCUCCCUAAUCACGUGGUCAGUGUGGUACCAACCCCUGUGGCCAGUAGCCCAAUAAAUGGAAAACUUUCUGUGGCUAAACCUGCCCUGCAGAGUACUGUGAGAAGUGUGGGUUCAGAUGUAAGUUUUGACACUUCGUGCUUUUUUAAUCCCGGCAAUGACUGCUCCACUUUCUGUCUCUGGACCAAGUGGGUGUCAGAAAACCAAAGGCUUAAAGUCCCUAGUCCGAAGCGAAGAGCCAUCUGUGUGGUGGUGCUGUUGGCGUUUGUCUUCCUGAACUACGGACCCAUCAGCAUAUUGGAACAGGAUUCCAGGAGAACAAAUCCUAGUGUGAACCCUGCAAAUCAAAGGAGGCAUCUUCUUGGAUUUUCCGCUAAGGAGUCGCAAGACCCGCCUGACAGCAUCAUCCGGAAAGACAGCCACAGCUACGACCAUUCUGUCUCCAACGACAAAGCCCUGAUGGUGCUGAGUGAGGAGCCAGUGCUGUACCUCCCGCCCCCUCCGUGCCAGCCGCUCAUCAACACCACAGAAUCCCUCAGGUCAGUGGGCCUGUGUUUGCUUCAGGACCCAGGAAGGAUCGGUUCAGAUCGAGUAGCUGGGAGAAUCUCUCAGUUGCUCGUCAGAGGUUUGCAAGGUUGGAAAUUCUGCACCGGGAGCCAGGGAGAAAUAGAGCUGGAGCAGAGAGAGGGGACCAUGGCAGCCGUGAGCUUUGAGGAGUUCUCAGCACCUCCCGGCUCAGAGCUGGCGCUGCCUCUGCUGUUCAGUGGUCACAUCCUGGAGAGCGAGCUUGAGAACGUGUCUGGGGGUCUGGGCAGCUCCAGCCUCCGGGAGCGAGACGAAGAGGAGGAGGCAGCCCAAGGCCGGCGGCGGCACCAACGGGAACUCAGUCGCAGGAAGUACCAGGCGCUGGGUCGGCGCUGCAGGGAGAUCGAGCAGGUGAACGAGUGGGUCCUGAACAGGCUCCAUCAGGUACAGAGGAUAACACGGAGACUCCAGCAGGAGCGGAGGUUCCUCAUGAGGGUGCUGGACUCCUAUGGCGACGACUACUGGGCCAGCCAGUUCACCAUCUUACUGGAGGACGAGGGCAGCCAGGGCACAGAUGCCCCCACCCCAGGCAACACUGAGAACGAGCCUCUGGAGAAAGAGGGGCUGUCCCCGCCCAGGAGGACGCCAGCGCCCGCAGAAGCCAGCAGCCCGAUAAAGGUGGAGGAAGACUUUGGCUUCGAAGCGGACGAGGCCCUGGACUCAAUCCUUUGUUUCUUCCAGGGCGCUCUGGGACAGAGCUCCGGCUCUCAGCUCGUGGCUGUCCAGUACACAGAGACCACCAGCAUCAGCAGGCCCUCGGGGAGGGAGCUCCAGGUGUACUACGCUUCCCCCCGAAGCUACCAAGACUUCUUUGACGCCAUCCACAGGCGGGGAGACACGUUUUAUGUCGUGUCAUUUCGAAGGGAUCACCUGCUGCUACCAGCGACCACCCAUAACAAGACCACCAGACCAAAGAUGUCCAUUGUAUUGCCGGCAAUAAACAUCAACGGUAAGGUGACCUUUUGGUUUACGAACGAGAUUGCUUUGUUUAACUGCGAUUCUCUGAAUUAACUAAAAUAAAUUUAAAAGGUUCAGUUGG